AUGGGAGAGACUCCGAAUACCGGAAGCUCCUGUAAACAAUACCUAGGUAAUGAACUAGUUAUCAAUGAAAACCAGUCAUGGAACACGGAAAAAACUUCGGGACAAGAGCCUGGAAUCCAUCUCUUGAAAAAUGGAUGUUCUGUAAACCCAGAUACAGGAAUAAUCAACAUGGGAUGCCAAAUUGGCCUGUAUGGUUCAAAUUCUUCACAUAGAUUAAUUACUAGAGGUAAAUAUGAACUUCUUGAUGAUACAAAAGAUUUAUCUACAAAGACAAAAAUUGAUCAAAAAAAGCAAUUUGAUAUAGUAAGUUCAGGAUAUGUGACCCCAAGAACAGAAUAUGUUUCCCCAACACCAGAAAUCUCAUCUUCAGGAGAGAAUUACGGUUUUCACUCUAACCAAUCCCCAGCUGGAAUUGGAACUGGUACAACGUAUUUGAAUUUUAGAGCUUCAACACGGAUAUCUGAAGCUGACCUGGCUUGUAGCUUAUACAGUACUGCAAGUAAUAAUAACAGUAACACCAACAGUCCAAUUGGUCCAAAAGAAGUUUUAACGGUUCCCUCGGUUCAAAAUACCGGAGAAGAACCCAAAUCCCCUUCAAUACCUCAAGAAAUAGGGCAGGAGUUCACUUAUCUCAAUAUAACAAGGAAAGAAAGAAUUUAUUCAGAGUAUCAGAUUGUGAAGGAAAAAGAUGUUUGUGUUUACAAUCUCGAAGAAUCCAAUAACCGCCCUACCAUAAUUGAAGUUCCAGACAAUAGUGGAGCUAGAGAGAAUACAGCUCUAUUUGGACCUGGAGUUGGAGUUGAGUCCCCACCAGCUGACUGCCACAAUAUUUACUACUGUUCUUCAAACUCUGUACAACCUUGUGUUGGGUCUUCAGAGAGCUCUUCAGUCUACCUUUAUGACACUCCGGGUAUCAACAGAGAGGGAAAUAGCUCCUGCCAACCAGCUAUUAUUGAAUAUAUUGAUUAUAACGCUCCAAGUGCCAGUAACUAUGUAAGUAAUAAAGCAAGAACUAGUUUAUGUACACAAAUUGCACAAGAAAAUAUGCAUGGCGCAGGAGGAAUUGCGGCUUAUAGCCAAAAUAACAACAAUUACACAGGAAAUCAUUGUAAUUACUCAAUUUACGAGAGUUCUACUCCACCUUCCUCCCACUUGAAUUUGAACAACCAGGUAAUUCAAAGCGUCCCAUUGAGAGGGGUUGAUCUCAAUGCUGAGCAUCCUUCUCAGUAUCAAACUGAACAAACCAAUGAAGUCUAUGAUAGAUUUCUAAACCCGAAUAUGCUAAUAGGAGGAAGAGUAUCGGGAGUCACUGGCUUGCCUGCUCCACCUAUUCUAGCCACUCCACCAGGUUUGGUAACGCCUCCAAAUAUCCCUGUAAUAUCUGGAAUGGAUGGAUUCCAUGUAAAUAAUGUUCAAAAUUCACUCCAAGUAUUUACAAUGUGCCAAAUGGAGGCAAGCCGAAUUGAAAACGGAGAUGAAAAUUGUGUGAGAAAAAGGAGGAGGUCAGGAACUGUUGGGAGUGACCGCAAUUUCUAUAUUGUAGACUUUAUUUGUGAGAUCCCUAUAAAUAUUAAAAACCUGUUUGCAAAGAAUGUGAAAGAAUCUAAGGAAGGAUCACGAAUUCUUAGAGAAUUCUCUCUGGGGUCUCUUGCUAUGAGGAGAUCUGGGAACCUUGCGCCAACUGUCAUUAAAUGUUUUUUCCAUAGCUACCGAGAUGGAAUAUCAAGGCUCCAGUGUAAAUCAAAGCGUCAUGAGGGACGUCCAUUUCUAUUCGUAAUUAAUGAGACAAAGUUAUCACGUCCAUGGGUUUUUUGCCCAAAUGUUAAGUGUAUCAGAAGAGCAAAAAGCUCUGGUAAAUUAAAGGGAAGGAUUAAGGUAUAUGAAUACUGUCCGGGGUCAGAUAAGAUGGUCUUAUCUCCGACAUUUCUAAAAUGUGCAAGAGGUUUUUUAACAUCAGACUACUACUUUUGUGCAACUCUUUGUCCUCAGCAAAAGUAUGCAGAUCAUGAAUCAAACUUUUGGGGGGAGGACUUUUCUACAGGAUUUGGUGGAAAUCGAAUUCAAGAAACUCUUGUUGGUGAGACUGAAAACGGAGGAAGUGGCCUCCCUCUUGCAGAUUACAUACUUUUUUGUAAUUCAAAGCAUCAAUUUGUAGCUACCUUUCGUAGAUUCCCCAUUGGCGCCAGGUACAAUACUCCCCCCUUAAAGAAUUCCUCCUACGUAAAUACGAGCUCUCCAGAUAAGAUCUUUGGAGAUGAAACUGAACUGAACCUUGUCAAAAUUAUGACUUCUGUAAUCCGUACUCUGGAGGGCUCCAAUGAGCCCACAAUAUAUACAUCAACUGAUAAAUAUAUCCAAGAAGUCUCUAUAAACCCAGGGGGAGCUACAGUUUCCCAGGCCAAUGGGUUUAAUAGACAAAUCAUGCAGCCAAUUAAUUUAAGAGAUUGUUCAUUUGGGAAUUCACUAAAGGGAAAUAGUAUUUCAAUGGAACCUGACGAAGCAAAUUUGUCUGGAGAAACCUCGGAAUCCGUAUUAAGAAGGGGAAUAGAGGGGAAUGUGGCAACGGGAAAAUGGAAUGAGAAUCCCAAUUCUCUUUUUUCUGGAGUACGGGGAUUUCAACAUACUUCUGAUCCUAGUGGAGGGCAGUAUAUAUAUAAUUCGGGGAACUUUAUGGGAGCUACAAAGGAUGAGAAGGCAAAUGUAUAUGUUUCAAGCUCAAGUUUGGACAUUGAAGAUCCAUUUUCGAGCAAACUUGAAACUUAUUCCACAGGUUAUACUGAUGAAGACUCAUUUUCCACCUUUAAUGAUUCUGGAGCCCAAAUAUCGUUCAACUUUGAUCCCCAGGAUGCUUUAGUGGUUGAAUCGUCAACAAAUUGGGUUUUGGAUGUUUUGCUUAAUAAGUCGUCGGAUCGCCAGAACCCACAGACCUUGGCUUCUCAUCAAUCUGUUAGUUUCUCAACAGACUUAAAUUCAUUUGAUCACUCCUAUGAUACGAGCAUUAAGAAUCAAAGUAGCUCUAUGAGGAGUAUGAAUCAGAAUCCUAGUAUUGUUGAAAAUAAUGCAAGCAAUAAUAAGGAUGGACUUGACUAUGAAAAUGAAAACAUCUCUACAGGAAAUGACAAUCAUUCCUAUUAA